UGUUUUGUGUAGUCGGACAUCGCGUGAGGCACAACACUUCCCACAAUUCAGCGGAGCCGUCCAAACUGCCAUGCUUCUGUUUUUGUUAUUGUUGUUAUAGCCUUGUGGCAUUGCUACCAACGAGUAGGGAUUUUAAUCAAAUAACGAGACGUUUGACCUUUGGAUGAAUUUGAUCGUUGUUAACCGCUCGUAGUUGGAAAGAAAAUAGCCUGGACCAGCUAAAAGUACAUCAGGUAUUGCACACAGAAUUUCCUGGCCAUGGAGAAGGCAUGGAAGGUGGAGUUUCGGAACGUGGGUAGUAGCUACUUCCCUCAGAGCCGAGUGGAAUGCCACUACAGCAUCAGCUCUCAGCACAGCUGGGCCAGCAAUGAUUGGAUCGGCCUGUUUAAGGUUGGGUGGUCAACCGUGAGGGACUACCAUACUUUUGUGUGGGCUCUGGCUCCGUCCAACUACGAAGAAGGGACCAAUGUGAACUGCUGCGUCCACUUCCAAGCCUGUUACCUGCCGGGACCCAGUGCGGAGCAGUAUCAGUUUGUGUAUGUGGAUGGGAAGGGUGAGGUGUGUUCUCGCAGUCCUGCUUUCACCUUCUCUGCGCCCAAGCCGCUGGAGGAGCUGGUCACGCUGGAGCAGGGUGAGCCGGGCAAUGAGGAGGGAGAGGACAUGCUGCUGGUCAUCCCCAGAGCCGAGCUGCUGCAGGGUCGGCUGCAGGAGUGUCUGAAGGAGAGGGCUGAGCUGUUACAGACUCUCGAGGCGGCUGAGAGAAGCCGGGAACGGGAGCGGGAGCGUGCGGACAGGGCCAGAGAUGCCUGGGAGAAGAAGCAAAGGGAGCUGGAGCGGGAAAUCUCCGAACUGCAGGAGGAGCUCAGGCAGACCAGAGAACAAGUGGAGGAGAUGAAAAAGAAGCAGGAGGAGAUGGAGGCUCUGAGUGAGGCUCUGCAGGAGGAGAAGCAGGCCCUGCUGGCUAAGAAAGCUGCUGGCGAGGAGAGGAUCAGCCAGCUGGAAGAAGACAUCAGGGUGCUGACCCAGAAAGGCCUGGAGAGAGAGACCGACCUAGAGAGGAUGAAGGAGCGAGCCAAGAAAGCAGCAGCUCAAAAGAAGGAAGAGGAGAGUGAACGCAAGAGCCUUAAGCUGAAGCUGGAGCAGACGGAGAAGGAGCUGCACAGUCUGUCUACGGAGUUCCAGAGUCUGAGGAGCUCACUGGCCCAGAGAGACACACAUGCACUACAGCUGCGAGACACCAUCACCACCCUCACUCACAAACUCAACAUUGCACACAGGAAAGAGGCGGCGAAUGAGGUGGCUCUGGCAGAUCUUCGGGGUGUGCAGGAGCGGCUGGGUGCUAGUGAGCGCUGUGUGGAGACUCUGAGGGGAGAGCUGCGGGACAUGACCUCUCAGAGGGACAGCGCUCAGGCAGAGCUGCACCAGGCCAGGUUGCAGGCGGCUCAGCUCACUCUGCAGCUCGCAGACACCAGUCUGGCCCUGCGCGAGGGCCGCGCCAGCUGGGCUCAGGAGAGAGAGAGCCUGCAGCACAGCGUUGAGAUGGAAAGGGUGCGUUUAGACAGGCUGAACGAUGAGAUCCAGCAGAAGGAGGAGCUGCUGCAGGAGGAGAGGAUGGAGAGGGAGAAGGCAGAGGUGGAGCUCGGACGAGAGAAAGACUGCAACCGAGUGCAGCUAAGCGAGACGCGACGGGAGCUACAGGAGCUGAAAGCCAGUCUCAGGGUGGCUCAGAAGGAAAAGGAGCAGCUGCAGAAUGAGAAACAGGAGGUGAUUGAGUACAUCCGGCAGCUGGAGCAGAGACUGGAGGCGCUGAGUGAAUCCAAAUGGAGUGCAACUGCCCUGCUGCAGAGCAGUCGUCCGGAAAGCCCCCUGACGGACUCGGAGGAUGAGAAUCCGGAGGCUCUGCAGGAGGCGCACUCCUCCAGGGCUCUUAGCCACUACGGUCUGUGUGAGCAGCCCCAGCCUGACCUCCUCUUGCCGGCCACUCCUCCUCCCUCCCCCCGACACCUCCACACCUCCCACGCAGUGGUCAUCAGCCAGCCGGCUCCUCUCUGCUCUCCACACCAGCCCAACAAUGACACACCCACGCACAGUUCUGAGUCGGAAGAGGAGUAUGAGGUUGCUCAUUCAGAAGGAAACAGCUCUGGAGAAGAGACAGCCCUGCUCCUGCCUGACCACAGAGACAACACUCUCGGUGACCUGGCAGAGAGCCCCCUGUGGUGAGGAGCGGAACUGCCGGAGCGGGUUGACAUUGCGCCAGGAUGAAGCGUGUUACCCAUCUUUGUACAGUAACACACUCGCCCUCAACGACAUACUGACAAACUGUCUGAAUAUGCAAUUUGCUUUACACUUUAUAUGCACUUUCUGUAUGCACAAGCUACUAGACCAGUCAGUCUCUCACAUCUUUUUACUUGCACAAAUCCAUAACACAUAUCAAAAGACAAGCGCAGAGGAGCUCUCGAAGGAGAGCGUAUGACGGUAUGUUCGGAGAAGACUGUGUGUGCGUGUGUGUAUGUGUGUGCACUUUUGUUACUACGUCUUUGUGUGUUUUUAGACGUGUUAGUUUUAAAUUCUGCUUACAGCUAUUUACCCAAGUACUACCAUGAGGCUUAUAUUGUUAUACUGGUUGGUAAGAUUAUAAGAGCAAGAUUUGUUGCAAUAAUUUUAAUCACAUUAUCACUGACAUUAUUAUAGGUUUGAGAGUGUAGGAUUUAGUUGUUUCUUUACUUUAAGGUUCUGGUGUCAGUAAUAUAUAUUAUUUUUUGUAGUGCUGAUAAGUAAGUUAACAGCUACCUAAGCAGGUUGCUAGUGUCGGAAAAGAAAUUGCAUGAAUGUAUUAAUGAAUGGCAGAUGAGGUUGAUUUGAGGCUGAGAUGAUAAUGAAAGUUGUACGAAGAGUCUCGAGUGGCACUUUAGAUUCCUGCAAUCUUGCCAUUUUUUCCCUAUGAUAAGACUUUUACCUUCCUUUAUGCAAGGCUUUCUACUAUUAAAUGAUAACAAUCACUUUUCAGGUGUGAAAUUGAUAUAAGUUGCUGCCAUUAUAUUCUUAUUUGCCAUCGUUUUUAUUAAGUAUGAUAUAAAACCGUAAUCAAUAUAAAACCGUACUCAGUCCAAGUAAAGGGUAAAUAUGAAAAACAUCAAUGGAAUUCUCAUCUGCAUGUAAAAUGCAUGCACAAGUUCUUAUGCAGGAUGCUUCUGUAGCGGAUAAAUCACCAUUUUAUUGUGAAAAUACCUGGAAUUCGGUGGAACGUUAGCUCUCCAGUUAGCAUCGGAAUGCCCAGCUGUUCUAACUGCGUGUCUCAAACAGCAACGUAGCUGGGAUGCAAAGGAAUUUCAUUCAUUUUAAUCUGAUUUUUGUUAUUAAUGAUUUGAUGAAAGGCCAUGUGGCUGUCGUGCCUCUUGUUUGCCAUUUUUAGCCUUAGCAAAGAUAGUUUGUGGAGGAAAUGACACUUUCAAUCAGUUUUGUUCUUAGAGAAUUUAACAACCCAAUUAAAAUGUUUGAAAUAAAUAAAAAAAAGUUUUCUAGUAUUCAUAAAGGUUUUAUGUUGCGUAUCUUACUGGCAGUACUUAUAUCGGCUGAUUUGAUGCUUCAUUUAAAGGGGAUUCCCACCGAUUCUUCUGCAUAAUUAAAUGGUUAAGAUGCAAACAAAGUAAUUCUGACCGGUUUGACGUGUGAUGCUCCGUUUUAGAGAAAAUAUAUAAUGAUGCUGAUAGGAACCAGACAUCCAAAGAGAGAGCAGUUAUGAAAACAUUGCAUGGUGGCUGAGACAUUGAGUGCGUUUAUAUACACUUAAUAAUCCGAAAA